AUAGUAAUAAUAUUAAUUGUCAUAACGAUUAUCAUGAUCACCAUCUUAAGCAACAAAUAAUAAUUUAAAAAAAAAACAAUAAAAAACAACAAACAAGAAAAAAAAACAAUACAAACAACUACGAAAUAAAAAAAAAACAAUAAAAAACAACGAAAAGAUAUAGCAAAAAUAAUAAAUAAUAAUAAAGAUAAAAGAUAUAGCAAAAAUAAUAAAUAAUAAGAAAGAUAAAAGAUAUAGCAAAAAUAAUAAAUAAUAAUAAAGAUAAAAGAUAAUAAAAAAAAAGAAUAAGAUCAAUAAAUAAAAAUAAAAAUAAGUAAACAAUAAAGCACUGUCUGGCAAUCGCCCUGUAUUCCUGUUCCUGUGAAACGCUAUAUCUUCGCACCUGAAUCUCAGCCCGUCGCCUGUCUGUGUUUAUUUUGGAGCGGAUGUUUAUUUGGACAGUGGAUGUUUAUGCUGAAGCGGGUGUUAGUUCUGAAGUGGAUGUUUAUGCUGAAGCGGGUGUUAGUUCUGAAGUGGAUGUUUAUGCUGAAGCGGGUGUUAGUUCUGAAGUGGAUGUUUAUGCUGAAGUGGAUGUUUAUUUGGACAGUGGAUGUUUAUGCUGAAGCGGGUGUUUGUUCUGAAGUGGAUGUUUAUUCUGAGGUGGAUGUUUAUUCUGAGGUGGAUGUUUAUGCUGAAGUGGAUGUUUAUGCUGAAGCGGGUGUUUGUUCUGAAGUGGAUGUUUAUGCUGAAGUGGAUGUUUAUUUGGACAGUGGAUGUUUAUGUGGAUGUUUAUUUGGACAGUGGAUGUUUAUGCUGAAGUGGAUGUUUAUGCUGAAGUGGAUGUUUAUGCUGAGGUGGAUGUUUAUUUGGACAGUGGAUGUUUAUGCUGAAGCGGGUGUUUGUUCUGAAGUGGAUGUUUAUUUAGAAGUGGAUGUUUAUUCUGAAGCGGAUGUUUGUUCUGAAGUGGAUGUUUAUGGUGAAGUGGGUGUUUAUUUGGAAGUGGAUGUUUAUUCUGAAGUGGAUGUUUAUUCUGAAGCGGAUGUUUGUUCUGAAGCGGAUGUUUAUUCUGAAGUGGAUGUUUAUUCUGAAGUGGAUGUUUAUGGUGAAGCGGGUGUUUAUUUGAAAGUGGAUGUUUAUUCUGAAGUGGAUGUUUAUGCUGAAGCGAAUUUAUAUUCUAAAGUGGUUGUUCAUUUUGAAGCGAAUAUUAAUUUUGAAAUAGAUGUUUAUUUUGAAGCGAUUUUUUAUUUUGAGGCGGAGUUUAUUUGGAAAGGGAUGUCUGUUUUGAGGCGAAUGUUUAUCUUGAGGUGAAUCGUUAUUUUGUAGUGAAUGUUUAUACUGAAGCGAAAUUUUCUCUUUGGAACCGAUAUUUAUUUUGAAGCGAAUUUUUCUUUUUGGAAAAGAUUUGUUCAUCUUGAAGAGAAUUAUUAUUUUGUAGUGAAUGUUUAUACUGAAGCGAAUUAUUAAUUUGAAGAGAAUAUUUAUUUCGAAGCGGAUGUUUAUAUAGAAACAGAUGUUUAUUUUGAAGCAAAUGUUUAUUUUGCAGCAAACGUAUAUGUUUAAUAUUACCGUCCAUUUUGUCUUUUCUUUCGUGAUGAUAAUGAUAUUGAUGAUAAUAACGAUGAGAGUAACAGUAACAACAACAAUAACAUUUAUAAUAAUGAUCAUAUCAAUGAUAAUGAUA